AUGAAUUUAACAAUUGUAUCUCUUCGCGCUUCAAAUCAGUUCUCAGUUUCUCCACUAGUAUCGACCCAAAUGAAUCUCCAUAUUAGUAAGAGUAUGUUUUCCCAUCAUUUUUCCUCGAUUUUAUAUGCAAGAAAAGCAUUAACUGCUGAAAAAACACGCUUUUCUCAUUCGCUCAAUUCGGCAAUUGUUCUUGACUCUAUCCAGAGAUCUGGUAAGGUAUUCACAUCAACAGAAUCGUUUGGUGAAGAUAUUGAAUACACAAUUACCAGCUGCGCAUUCUAUAAAUGCACAUCAACUUCUGGAAGUGGAGCCAUAAAAUGCUCAAAAUUGCCAGCAACAUCCACUUUCACCAUUGAAAAGACCGGAUUUGAUUCAUGUUCAGGAACAACUGGCGGUGCAUUCGAAUUAUCCACUCAAAAGAUCAACCUCAACAACUGCUGCUUCAGAUCCUGCACAGCAACAACAUCAAUGGCUGCUUUUAAGUGCGAAGCAACAAAAGAAUUCAACAUCAACCAGCUUUUGGUCACUAAGUGCCACGGAUCUGGCACUCUUUAUGCCUCCUGCAAGUCAGUAGCUCUAUAUAAAGCACCAAAUAUUACAAAUAACCAAGAUACCAAAGAAAUGGCCACCUUCAUUGGAGAUAACUUCGCUCUUCAAUAUUCAACAUUAGCUGAUAACGAUGUUAACAUUGCCCUUUAUCCAUUGGCUACAUCUUCCCCACAAAUGGCUCAAUUAACUAAUUUCAUCCGUAACGUUGGCAAAUAUUCUAUUACUAUCACCGACCAAUUUACUUUCCAUCAAGUCAGCUUUAUUGACGAGAAGACAUCUUUUGCUGUUAAAAAUGACAAAGGCUCUUAUUGCCAAUUUAGAGAUGUCGUCACAACAGUAACCAAAUUAGAUGCUACCUUCUUCACACAAGUCAUUUGCGCUAACCCAACAACAGGAAAGGCAAUUACACAGUCAAUUAUUCCAAAUAAUGAAGAAUGCUGGGCUUUGAUUCCUUCAAACGAUACCUCAACAGGAAUGUCAUGGAAGAUCAAAGCUUUGAUCAUUGUUUCUGUAAUUUUACUUAUUCUCGUUCUUGUCUUUAUUUACCGCAAGACAUGCGGAAACAAGUACGGAUUAUCAGGCCAGAGACUCGCUUACACACUAUAA